CGAGAGUGGUCCCACGAGGACUGUAUUGGAAAACGAAAACGCGAGAGCAAGGGAUACUGUUAGAAACGAAAUCAAAAGGAAAAGAAAAAUCUCCCUUCUUUACAUAAAUGUGACCUCAACAUCUAAGAUGCGGUAGAGGUGGGCGCGACACUCACCAUGCGCCCAGCCGCCGCUGCGGCGGGCGUCUUCAAGUUGCUUUGUCUCAGGGUCGUGUUUUGCGACCUUCUUUCCGACCUCCUGUUCCGGCACUCGGAAGCCGCCCAGAUCCAGCGGAGCGGCCGUUAUCUUGGCUACACACCCCGGGGCCCCUUGGACUUCUGCUUCGGCACGCCUGAAGAAUGCGCACAAAUGAUGGCUACAACGCCUGCUCCGGCCGCUCCAGAGGAAGAAGAAUUGCAAGAACAACCCGAGGAAGAAGUAUUUGUUUCGCUCUACUUACAGUUUCUUCGGUUUCAAUUUUUUCUAUUUCGACGCUUCCUGGUUCACGGAACAAAUUUUCAGUAGACUUUCUUUCACUACACUUACUACUCUUGGUCUGCUUGUGACCCUACCUUCCUAGUUCCCAUCGGCGAAAAUGUUUCAGGUCAUCACCAAUACCACGACCCUUGAGCCAGUCGCAGAGGAGGAAGAGGUGGUUGUGGAAACCACAACUACCGAAGCUCCAGAGGAGGAAACGGAUCCGCCGGUGGUGAUAGCAACACGGAAGGAAGUGUUCGCGUGUUCCUUGCACGAGACCUCGGACCAGUGCUCGAUUAGCGACGGUUGCGUGUGGCGCGAUGAUUUGGUCUACGUUUCGGGCGGCUCCAUGGCCGACGGGUGCCAGCACCAGAACUGCGAAUGUCUGCAAACGCCGCCGCCGUCGAAGGCAUGGUCCCUGCUACUAGACAUUGUCAAAGGUAGUACUUUGUACUCUUUGCUGCAUUUUUGCUCUUUCUUGCUGCGUUCCUAGGCGUGUCCGGCUCCGGUCCGUCGUUGUUAGCAGCUGCCUGCAUAAUGGAAUCGUCGCUUUUCUCGCCACAACGAAAAAUCUGAAACGUCAUGACAGAUCAAGACGACCCUGGGGACCUGUACCACAAGUGUCACUACUAUUCCAAGAAAUGGUGCGAUUUGAUGUGGAGCUGGGAUCACCUGAGCUACCUUGUUACCGCAAAUACCUGGAAGGGCCUGUGGUGCACCGCCCGCUGGUGUUUCGUGGACGAGUCCUGUCCCACGGCGAGGACUGUUUCUGCGAAACACGAUGGCAAGCUCGAAACCGGUAUUUCUAUUCCAUUUAAAAGGCCGCAAUAUCUUGAUCUUCUUCUUCUAGCCACCAUCACGCUCGUAACAAGACAGUAGAGUAGACAAAACGCAAUAAAUGGUAUGAGAAAACUAAGUACUGCCACGACUCCAUGACUUGCCAACUAACAGCACACAUCUCCUACGUCGCCUGUCCGCAGGACUAUGCUCAGAUCAAUCAGUUCAACUGGGUGAACACGGAUUUCGAUGCAUUGAACACCACGGUGAGUCACCACGCUACCAUGGAAGAUCUAGCUCUGAUUGAAGCGCACGCGGAAAAAGAAAAGGAAAGCGAGAACGAGUCGCCGGGGUCGACCACCUGAGACUGCUCCUCGCGAUGCUGAAAUUGAAUAACAAGGUUGUGUGACUAUAAAAUCUAGUGAUUAGGAUUACGUUUCGUGCCAUGCAGGUUUCUUUUGGAAAAAUUAAAGAAAAACAUCGCGUUUAUUUCAAGCCCAGGGAACACAGCUUUUGAAACAAAUGACGAGCGGCGAUCAGUCUUCGCCUGUGGUUGCAGUCGUCUGAUGUUUCUUUUUCAUGAUUUCUGAAGGUGCUGGAACACUUGUGGAAAUAUUUCAUCUACUCUCCAGCGCAAGAUCUUCUCUGGGAGAUGAAGGCUUGGGUUCAUCUGCGUUUC